CAGCGCCCUAUUUUGUUUUGGCCGCGAUGCUGGAAAUUACGUGCAACGAUCGGUUGGGCAAGAAGGUGCGCGUAAAGUGCAACCCAGACGAUACGAUUGGCGACCUGAAAAAGUUGAUCGCCGCCCAGACCGGAACGCGCUACGACAAAAUAGUGCUGAAAAAGUGGUACACAAUCUAUAAGGACAAUAUCAAGUUGGCGGACUACGAAAUACACGACGGCAUGAACAUCGAGCUGUACUAUCAGUAG